AUGGCCUCCCCUAGUGUUCUCACCUUUGACGCUCAGGGUGAGGCAGUUGACUUUGAGGUCUGGGUAGAUGAUUUGCAGCUAUUCCUACACUGUGAUAGGGCGGACGGUCUCUCACUGUUUGAACUCACUUCUGGUGCCUCUAUUGCCCCUGCUGCUAAUAGUGACGCCACUGUUCGCUCACAGUGGGCCACGCGUGAUGCUGCUGCUCGCCUUGCUGUGCGCCGCCACUUACCGACCACUGAGCGUGCACACUUUAGCCAGUACAAGAGUGCUCAUACCUUGUACGACGCUGUAGUUGCACGCUACUCUUCCCCUGCCACUGCUGCACUGAGCCGCCUCAUGCUACCGUACCUCUUCCCUGACCUUGCUGCCUUUCCCACAGUUGCUGACCUCAUUACGCACCUCCGCACUAGUGACACUCGCUACCGCGCUGCGCUUCUUGCUGAGUUCUGCGCCAAGAACCCCCCCCCCCCAUGUGUUCUCCCUCCCCCCUCUGUUGCCUCUGCUGUUGCGGCCGGCCUCGUUGGCUUCAAGUCGCUCGGCGCUGCGUCUGCCCCGAGCGGGAAACGCCGCACCGGCAAGGGCAAGGGGGGCAAGGGCGCUGGAGGGGCUGGAGGGGGUGGUGGAGGUGGUGGUGGAGGCAGUGGUGGGAGUGGGGGUGGUAGUGGGAGUGGGGGUGGUAGUGGGAGUGGUGCCAGGGGUGGCAGCGGCGGCGGCAGAAGUGGAGGCGGAGGCGGUGGUGGUGGCGGAGGGAGCGGAGGCGGCGGAGGGAGCGGAGGCGGCGGAGGUGGCGCAGGAGUCGGAGGUGGAGGAGGCGGCGGAGGCGGCGGUGGCGGCGGCGGUGUUGGAGCGGGUCGCGACUCUGCGUACAGGAGUGGCUCAUGUGGUGGUCCGCGCCACCAGCAGCGGAGUGGUGUGACCCUGACCCCUCAGCAUCUUCAUGCUAUUCUUGCUGCCACGUAUGUUGUUGAUGAUAGUGUUGUGGGUGACUGUUACCUAUGUGUAACGCCUGACCUGGGCAUUGGGGCUACUGCUCUAGGUGCUGGUGAGGCUGCAGCUCUAGGUGCUAGUGCGACAGCUGCCUCAAGUGCUAGUGCGUCUACUGCCCCAGGUGCUGGUGAGUCUGCGCUCUCAGGUACUACGUCGGCUCAGGCCUUACACACCUUCGACCUUGACUCGGGUGCGUCCCGCUCCUUCUUUCGAGACCGCACCACUCUUACGCCGCUCAGUCGGCCGGUUGCAGUCUCCCUGGUAGACCCCUCUGGGGGUCCUGUCCUUGCUAGCUUCUCCACUGUCUUACCGUGCCCAGCAGCCCCCUCUGGCACCCUGUCAGGUCUCUACCUCCCCUCGUUCUCUACGAACUUGGUGAGUGGAGCGGACCUAUAG